ACGGCUAGAUUCGCUACCUGUUAUGCGAACUUUCUCGAAGCAUUUCUGAACUCUUAAGAAUAAAAGAUGAGCAUCUUCACUUAGCUUCGUUUGUUUCAAUUCACUCUUUCUCAGAUAUCAAUGGCUAACAAUCACGUCACCACUGAUUCCCCUCUCUCUCGUCGCAUAGUUCGUGCCUUCCUUCACUUCCUCAACUCUGUUGAACCUAGCCAAGGGAUUGAUGAUGAAGGGAUUGAGGUUGCUAGGGAGUGUUUGGCAGAGGCAUUUAAGCUUAACUCAUCUCCUGUGACCGGUGAUCCUGAGAAAUAUGAUUCAUUGAUUGACAUGUUCAAGUCCCUUGAAGAAGCAAACAAGCAAUGUGAAACUAGUAAGUCAGACGUUGGUCCUCAACCAGAUUCUGUGGAUGCUUCCAGUUCAUUCUCUGCUCAGAAUCCUGCUCAUACUAAAAAUAAUCCCGAGGCAUCGAAAUCUACGGAUGAAGGUUGGACACAGGAUCCUCACAUAUUUGCAGCAUCUAAAGAUGAACUCUGUGGACAAUUCUUUGCUGCUCUGGAGAAAAAUCACUAUUUUAGGACCAAUGUUGAUGGGAGUGAUGACCCAGUGCAACUGGAGAAAGCAUCUCAUUUAUUUGAUAAUGCUUUUAUGGAGAUGGAAAGAUCUGGGUGUCGGGAGUUUAGUUUGAAGAAUUUGGCUGAAUCCCUAAAAUCGCUAGGUAACAAGGCAGUGCAAUCCAAGCAAUUUCUUGAUGCAAUUGAGUUGUAUAAUUGUGCAAUUGCGCUCUAUGAAAAAAGUGCCGUUUUCUACUGCAACAGGGCAGCUGCUUACACUCAGAUUAGCAAAUAUACAGAAGCAGUCCAAGAUUGUCUUAGAUCUAUCGAGAUUGAUCCAAACUACAGCAAGGCAUACAGUCGUCUGGGUUUAGCUUAUUAUGCACAAGGAAACUAUAGAGAUGCUAUUGAUAAAGGGUUUAAAAAAGCCUUGCAGUUGGAUCCGAACAAUGAGUCUGUUAAAGAAAAUAUACGGGUAGCUGAGCAAAAAUUGAUUGAAGAGCAACAUCACGCAGAUCAUAAUCAGAAUUCAAGAUCAUCUCAAGAAUCCCAAAACCAAUCUGCAAGAGGAUCAAGAAGCCAUGCAAUGCCGCCUCCAUUUAACUCAAUGCCAUUUAAUCCCAAUGAUAUUGCAAGCAUGUUUAUGAACAUGGCCGCAAAUGCUACAAAUGCACAUCAGGGGUCGCAUCCUCAGGAAAGGCAAGAAGAUACCAAUACUAGUGGAGCUAAUGAACCAGAGAUAAGAAUGGGGCGCAAUGUUAGUGUAAAUUUUGACCAAAUGCCUGAGCAUCUAACAGGGGCCUUUCAAUCUGUGAUGGAAAUGUUAUCUAGGACUGUACCUCCUGACCAACCACAAGAUCAAACCAAUGGAAGAACAGCCGCAAAUGCUACAAAUGCACAUCAGGGGUCGCAUCCUCAGGAAAGGCAAGAAGAUACCAAUACUAGUGGAGCUAAUGAACCAGAGAUAAGAAUGGGGCGCAAUGUUAGUGUAAACUUUGACCAAAUGCCUGAGCAUCUAACAGGGGCCUUUCAAUCUGUGAUGGAAAUGUUUUCUAGGACUGUACCCCCUGACCAACCACAAGAUCAAACCAAUGGAAGAACAGCACCAAACUAAGCUAUUUUAGCAUUCCGAGGCUGUAAUAACAUUAACAAAUUUGUGUAAUUUUUUUUUUCUUUUGUUUGAAUUUUUUUUAACAUAUUACAUAAUUAACUGACAGGGUUCUCUCCGUUUGCACAUUACAUAUAUAGAACUUUUGAGGCACUAGCCUUUUGCGGAGGCAAAAAUAUAUAAGUACUUGUCAUUUACGUAAUAUCCUUACUUAUUACAGGUUAAUAAAUAUUGUGGAU